AACGGAAUAAUGCAAAAAUUUAUAUAUGUGAAAAACCAAAACGUAUUUAAGGAUUACUUUAUUUCUGAACAGUUUCAAAAAACGCAUCAAGUGUUUCACUGUAAUAGACGUACGUGUUCAUACUCAAGUAUGAAAAUUUAUUGUGAAAAUUAUCCGAGGGAGUGACAUUGAUUAUAUGACCCACAGUAUCAGAUGCUACAGCUGCUUUUCAAAAGAUAUCCACGAUGACUGCGCCGUACCAGACAAGAGCCAAAUAUCUCUCGUCAAAUGCGAUAUGACCACUCUGGAACGAACCAAAGAAUUCGCCAAAGGAAUCGAUCCCUCGUACAACAAACUCUUCGAAGUGGACAAUAUCGAAACCGAGGCGGGAAGAAUAGGGCUAGCUUGUCUGAAGAUGGUGACCAAAGUCGGCAACAAGAGCUUCUUUCUACGGGGAUGCCAACUGGCAGAGCAGGGGAACUUGGAUAUUUGCAGAAAGGUGCACGAAACUAGCAACGAAAACGUGAAAAAUUUGCACUGUUCCAAAUGCACGACUGAGGGAUGCAACUCCUCGACAAAGUACACAACGAAUCCAUUCUCUGUCGUCUUAUUUACAACCGCUUGUAGGUUAUUGCAAAUGAGCCUCUACUGAUAUUGAUGAAUCGCCUUUAUGUAAUCACAAUGUGUUUGCUUUGCUAGACUAAGAGCUAGUGAACGAUUUCUGAUAAUUUGAUGGAAGCUUUCUUUGUUCCGUGAGUAGUAUAGUGUAAGAAACACUAGAAGAAAAUGCCUUACUGUUAUGAUCCACAAUUGAUUGGCGUGAAGUUAUCUACAGAUUUCUGGCCACACAUGCUGACGUAGAGGAAAAUAAAAAUAUGUGGUUGGGAAACGAAAUUAUUAGUACCCGCACUAAUAUCUGUGGCUGGAAAUACCUAUCACUAUAGGUUGAACGUGGAAUUAUUAAGACUAUUUGGUGUAUAACUUUUUUAUAGAAUCUUGAGUAGAUUUCUUCCAUAGUUUCUUGAGUAGAUCAACAUAAUGAAAACCGUUUUCUCGUCACCCAUACAGAUUUCGAGAAUGAAAUUGUUGGAACAAUCAGACUAACUUUUUAAAACCCCUUGUAGAAUUGGAACCAGAUGAUGUGCGUGCAUUAAAUUCGAACAAGUCUCAUGGAAUCUUGAGUAGAUUGACGUAGUGAUAAUAGUUUUCUUGUCACUCAAAGGGAUUUCAAAAACAAAUUGUUGAAAUAAUCAGACUCAUUUUUUGAGAUUCCUUGUAGAAUUGGAACCAGAUGAUGUGCGUUCAUGAAAAUUAUACAACUCUUAUUGAAUCUUCGGUAUGUCAACCUAAUGCGAACUGUUAUCUUGUCACCGAUACAAAUUCCUGAAAAAAAUUAUUGAAAAUGUCCGAUUUAUACUUUCCAAUACCCCUCGUAGAAUUCAAACCCGAUGAUUUGCGUUCAUCAGAAUCUCAUAACUUCUCAAGUAGAUCAAUGUUGUUGAAUUCGUUUUCUUUCUUUGGUUCAUACAGAUUUCGAAAAAAUGAUUUUUUCAAAUUAAGGGGUUUCAAAAAAUUAGUCUGAUUGUUGCAA